AUGGGUUGGUUUUUCACUGUUCUUCUUCUCUUUAUUGCAUCUUUUGCUAAUGCUUGUGAUCGUUGUAUUUUUCAAUCCAAGGCGGCUCAUUACUACGAGGAUGCUCCCACUUCAUAUGGAGGCGCUUGUGGGUAUGGAAAUUUGGGGUUGGAGAUGUCCCAAGGCUACUUUGCAGCUGCUGUGCCUUCUCUUUUUCGAGAAGGGAUGGGUUGUGGUGCAUGUUAUCAGGUAAGAUGCAAGAAUGCAACACUAUGCAACACAAUGGGGACUAAAGUAACUUUGACAGAUAAAAAUUCUGACAACAGAACAGAUUUUGUUGUCAGUAAAAAAGCUUUUACUGCUAUGGCUUUAAAAGGCAAAUCCCAAGAACUUUUGAAAACUGGAAUUGUUGAUAUGGAAUACAAGAGGAUACCUUGUGAAUACAACAAAAAUUUAUCAAUACAAGUGGUGGAAUGGAGCCACAAACCAUACUAUAUGGCUAUUAAACUCCUCUACCAAGGAGGCCAAACCGACAUAACCGCCGUCUAUAUAGCAGCUCAGGAUGGCUCGGGCGAGGGGCGGUACAUGAGAAGGAACUAUGGACCAAUUUGGGAGACCAAUAAUGUGCCUGGAGGGGCCAUUAAGCUAGUGGUGAUCGUAGUUUCUGGGUAUAACAAUGGGAGGGGGAUCGUGAUAGAUUAUGCACUGCCUGCUGGUUGGAAAAAUGGAGAAAUUUACGAUACUGGGAUUCAAAUCAAGGAUAUUGCUUCUGAAUAUUGCAAUCCUUGGCGGUGUGGCGAGGAACCAUGGAAAUGA